UGCCGGGGGAGGGGCGCGUGCGCAGAGCUGCAUCGCUACCUGUCAGCGGCAGCGGCAGUGGCGGCGGAGGAGGCGGCGGGAUGGAGGGGCUCAUCCCGCUCGUCAACCGGCUGCAGGACGCCUUUGCGGCGCUGGGCCAGAACUGCCUGCUCGACCUGCCGCAGAUCGCCGUAGUGGGCGGGCAGAGCGCCGGCAAGAGCUCCGUGCUGGAGAACUGCGUCUCCAGGGAUUUUCUUCCGCGAGGUUCUGGAAUUGUAACAAGGCGACCAUUGGUCUUACAACUCAUCACUGCAAAAACAGAGUAUGCUGAAUUUCUACACUGCAAAGGGAGGAAGUUUACUGAUUUUGAUGAAGUUCGUCAGGAAAUUGAAGUAGAAACAGAUAGAAUAACAGGAAUGAACAAAGGCAUUUCUUCGAUUCCUAUUAAUUUAAGAAUAUAUUCUCCACAUGUAUUAAGCCUGACUCUUAUCGAUUUGCCGGGAAUCACUAAAGUGCCCGUUGGGGAUCAGCCUCCAGAUAUUGAGCAACAGAUCAGAGACAUGAUAAUGCAGUUCAUCUCUCGAGAAAACUGCCUGAUCCUGGCUGUGACUCCAGCUAACACUGAUCUGGCCAACUCAGAUGCACUGAAGUUAGCUAAGGAAGUGGACCCUCAAGGUCUUAGGACCAUCGGUGUGAUCACAAAAUUGGAUCUGAUGGAUGAAGGAACAGAUGCAAGAGAAAUUCUGGAAAACAAACUACUCCCCCUUCGUAGAGGUUAUAUUGGUGUUGUAAACAGAAGCCAGAAAGACAUUGAUGGGAAGAAGGACAUAAAGGCAGCUCUUCUAGCAGAAAGGAAGUUCUUUCUUUCACACCCAGCAUACAGGCACAUGGCAGAUCGGAUGGGAACACCAUAUCUCCAAAAAGUUCUAAAUCAGCAACUUACCAAUCAUAUUCGGGACACUCUGCCAGCCUUCAGAAGCAAACUCCAGAGCCAGCUGCUUUCUAUAGAACAUGAAGUAGAGGUAUACAAAAACUUCAGACCAGAAGAUCCAACCAGAAAAACGAAAGCACUGUUGCAGAUGGUGCAGCAGUUCUCAGUGGACUUUGAAAAAAGAAUUGAAGGAUCGGGAGACCAAGUUGACACCCUAGAGCUCUCAGGAGGUGCCAAAAUCAAUCGUAUUUUCCAUGAACGUUUUCCUUUUGAACUAGUGAAGAUGGAAUUCAAUGAGAAGGAACUGCGGAGAGAAAUAAGUUAUGCAAUCAAGAACAUCCAUGGUAUCAGAACAGGUUUGUUUACCCCAGAUAUGGCUUUUGAAGCCAUUGUUAAAAAACAGAUAGUCAAGCUGAAAGGACCUUGCUUAAAAAGCGUGGAUCUGGUGAUGCAAGAGUUAAUCAACACUGUCAAGAAGUGCACUAAAAAGUUGGCAACGUAUCCCAGGUUGUGUGAGGAAACAGAAAGAAUUGUUGCUGGAUACAUCCGUGAAAGAGAAGAGAAGACCAAGGAUCAGGUGCUGCUGCUCAUUGAUAUCCAAGUUUCUUACAUCAACACCAACCACGAAGACUUCAUUGGCUUUGCAAAUGCCCAACAAAGAAGCAGUCAGGUUAACAAAAGUGCAGUGGGAAAUCAGGGAACCAAUCUACCGCCUUCAAGGCAAAUUGUCAUCCGGAAAGGCUGGCUGACCAUCAACAAUAUUGGCAUCAUGAAAGGAGGAUCCAAGGAAUACUGGUUUGUUCUAACUGCAGAAAGCUUGUCCUGGUAUAAAGAUGAUGAGGAAAAAGAGAAGAAGUAUAUGCUACCUUUGGACAACUUGAAAGUACGAGAUGUUGAAAAGAGCUUCAUGUCUAGCAAACAUAUCUUUGCAUUGUUUAACACGGAGCAGAGGAAUGUUUACAAGGAUUACCGUUUCCUUGAGCUGGCCUGUGACUCUCAAGAGGAGGUGGAUUCCUGGAAGGCAUCUCUGCUGCGAGCUGGUGUCUAUCCUGAUAAAUCCUCAGGGAACAACAGAACUGAAAAUGAUGAGAAUGGCCAAGCAGACAAUUUUUCAAUGGACCCUCAGCUGGAGAGACAGGUGGAGACAAUUCGAAAUCUUGUGGACUCCUACAUGUCUAUUAUCAACAAAUGUAUCCGAGAUUUGAUACCAAAAACAAUCAUGCAUCUUAUGAUCAACAAUGUAAAAGAAUUUAUCAACGCAGAGCUCCUGGCUCACUUGUAUUCUUCUGAGGACCAAAACACUCUAAUGGAGGAGUCAGCUGAACAGGCGCAGAGGCGCGAUGAAACGCUUCGCAUGUACCAAGCACUCAAGGAAGCCCUAGCAAUCAUUGGCGACAUUAGCACUAGCACCGUCUCAACCCCUGCACCCCCUCCUGUCGAUGACUCUUGGCUUCAGCAGGCCCGCAGAUCACCUCCUCCAAGUCCCUCAACUCCAAGGAGACCUACGUUAAACAAUCCUCCAACAAGACCUUUAUCUGGCCGAGGACCCGCUCCUGCAAUCCCAUCUCCAGGCCCUCAGUCAGGGGCUCCCCCAGUGCCAUUCCGCCCAGGACCACUGCCUCCAUUUCCCAGUGGCAGUGAAGCCCUUGGAGGACCUCCCCAGGUUCCCUCUCGGCCGUCCCGGGCUCCUCCCAGCGUCCCAAGGCGAGCUGAUACCGACGGCUCCUCCGGUCCAGACAGUCCUCAACUCUUGCUUGAUAUAUGAUUUGUCCCGUCUUGCCGGCCAUUUGCUUUACUGCCUCUUUACUUUUCCAGGAUGGUGUAAAUGAUUACUUCUUUUUGUAAGAAGCAAAUGCUUAAUUACUUUCUGAAUUUUGCUCUGUAUGUUAAUGACCUACUUCAUAUGAGCCAAAACAUCUGCCUUUGGUUUCAUGAUCUGUAAAUGGUUCCCGGUGUUGACCUUUGAGUACAGCGAGUCGAUUCCCGAAACCAUGGCUGUUACUGAGCAUUACACACACCGGCUGUAAAAAUGUUAUGCUGCUUUUCUGAACCUGAAAUAAACUGUAACUCUUGAUGGGCUUUUAUUAGUACUUUCUGGAUGUGCAUUUGUGGUCUUCUGUCUCUCACACCAUAAUCUUAGCAUACCGCACUCCACCUCUGUUGGGACUGCAGUGUGUGUUGCACUGAGAUCACUGGACAUGUCAUUAAAAGGGGUGAAGGGGGAAAAGUAACCCAUGGGAAGCAUUCGGCCUGCUUCCCUUCCAGGGGCUUGGAGUGCUGCAGGGAUGUUUUGCUGGGAAAUGGAUGAAUGCUUUUCAAGCCAUAUCUGGUAUUCAUUUCAUUGUUGGGGAAAGCAUGUUUUGGGGGUGGUUGAGAGCUGAGCAGGCGGCCAGACUGAGUCUUCCAGAGCGGGAGCCCGAGUAAAACUGUGCGUGUAUAUUCAAUCAAGCCCAGAAGGGAUUUCCCCCUAAAGUGGUUGUGCGGAUGUCUUGAUUACUCAAUUCCUCAUUCAGAUCAGUAUGAGCCAAGUGACUGGAAUCGGUGCUCGGAGGAGAUGGUCUGCAUGGCACAACAAGCACAACAGCUGCCUACAGGAGAGGAUGUUCCUCACUGAGCACAACAGUCACUACAUUGGUCCUUAGACAGGCUUUGGGAAAGAAGGGGAGCAAAAGGAGGGAGGACAAAAGCAACAAGUCCACAUUGUAUUCACUUACUUGCUGUAAUGUUUGGAGAUACAUUUUUUAAUAGCCUUUAAUGGCUAUGCCUGAGGCAGUCUGUGCACUCCCCUCAGUGAACAGCAGUGCCACACGUGUCCCACCUGGCUGGAGUGUGUCAUGU